ACAAUAAUUCUGCUGCCUAAUGAUAUCGUGACUCCGUUUUGUUUUGACUACCGGUUUGUAAUUUCAAAGCGGGUCGCGAAUUAAUUUUAAGGACAGUAAUAUCAUAACAACUACGAGAAUCUACAUAUUGAGAGCCGGAUUUUCAAGGUGCUUCAGCUUCACCAGGCAACUCUGCACUGACAGCAACGAAGCCCAAUAAGAGUGCAAGGCAUUGACACCUCUAGCCUCUAGGCUCUACGCCAGAGUUCCGGCUGUAAUCUUUGAUGGUUUCCGUGUGGACUGCGGCUAUACACAGGGAAGGAUAAGCAACUGAAGACUGCCCGCUGAUCACCUUUUUUCAAAUGUACGAUCAUACAUUGUGUAAUGAUAAUUACAUUUGACAAUUAAACGUGCUAAUAGUGCUCUGUUGAUUUCAUAAAUAAAAGUUAUUAACGGAGCUAAACUUCUAGUUCUACUUCUACUACUACUACUACUAGACUUCUAGGUAGAUGCUACAUGAAUUAGGGGUUUCACUUUCAGAAGUAUGGAAACAGACACAACAUAGAUCUCAAUCUAGAUCUAGACUAUAAUCUUAUUUUUAGCCGUCAUUUUCCUUAUGUUUCGGCCAACAUUUUACCUGUGCAUCGCAGCUAGAAUCUGCAUUGCACGACGGACAGCUGGGGCAAACUUCAAUUCCUUAUAUAAUUAUAAACCACAGAUCUUUCAAAAGACUUGCCAGUUGCCUUGUGCCAAAGAAAUUUUUUCACUCUCGGAAGGAAGAGGGAUUUGCAGGAUGAUGAGUGAUGAUGGGAAGAAAGGAGAAGAAGUAAAAGGAAGCAUACAGACCGAUAUGAUCCAAGAGGUCUUUGAUGUCCCUAUAGAAGUUAUUAUCAGACCUAUUCCACCAUCCUUGGACGACGCCAAGGUAGCAUCGCUGAUGGACACCAUACAGGACCCAAGCCAAGUUCACAAGGUACCUCCAAUUGAUGUCCUAUGGAUCACAGGUCGCGCUGGCGGUAAUUACUACUACUCCUUUGGAGGAUGCCAUCGGUAUGCUGCUUAUAAGAAACUAAACGUGAAGACAAUACCCUGCAAACUUGUUAGGUCUACUGUACAUGACCUCAGGAUGUACUUGGGAUCAUCGACCCCUGACCUUUUAUGAUUGAACUUCUGUAAUUGAGCCUACAGGAAAUACGAUUUUCGACAGUAGAUGGCGACAUUCCACACUGCGCGGAUCAUAACAUAACUCAAAAUGUACCGUCAUUCCCAGCCUGGCCUGCAUAACCCUUCAAUACCGUGCCUGUAUAGACAGCUGAAUAAACAAACCAUGCAAACAAAGUAAUUUUACAGUGCCUUGCUACAUGUCUGUAUCUCCAUGUAGUGUAGUUUAGUGCACAGAAAUUGUCUUCCAGAUUGAAUGACUUUUUCCCAAUGCUGUCAUGGAUUACUGGUAAUCCAAAUUCCUUUAAA